GGGUCCGCGGGCCUCGCAGGUCGUACCCCGUGGGCCGGCGAUCAGAUGACCCAGGUCUGGACGGCUAAGAUCCCCAGCCUCCUGGGGGACCCUGUUCUAGGCGGGAUGGCUGAGCAAGCGGCGCUAGGACCCCCGGGCAGAGCCUGGAGGAAGGGAAUCUCGGGGGAAAUACCUUACCCCGCGGUCACCUUCUGAUCCCGCCGCCCAAAAUAGCCCCUGGCGCCCGCUGGCCUGCCUCAUGGCCGAGAGAUGGCUGCUGUCUCCGACUCCGCGGAAUUGGGUGCGCCCCGGGGACCCGCGCGCCCCGAGCCACCUCCCACCCGCUUCCACCGGGUGCACGGUGCCAACAUCCGCGUGGACCCCUCCGGGACGCGGGCCACACGCGUGGAGAGCUUCGCCCACGGCGUGUGCUUCAGUCGCGAGCCGCUGGCCCCGGGCCAGGUAUUCCUGGUAGAGAUCGAGGAGAAAGAGCUGGGCUGGUGUGGGCACAUGCGCCUCGGCCUGACUGCGCUAGACCCCGCUAGUCUGGCCGCCGUGCCCGAGUUUUCACUGCCGGACCUGGUCAGCCUCGGCCACACCUGGGUCUUCGCCAUCACGCGCCAUCACAACCGCGUGCCCCGAGAGGGCCGCCCGGAGGCAGAGGCAGCGGCCCCCAGCCGACCCCCAGCCCUUCUAGUGGAACCGUAUCUGUGCAUUGAGCAGUUUCGAAUCCCCCGCGAUCGCCUGGUGGGCCGCAGCAGGCCGGGGCUCUACAGCCACCUCUUGGACCAGCUCUAUGAGCUAAACGUGCUGCCUCCGACUGCGCGCCGCAGCCGCCUGGGCGUUCUCUUCUGCCCGCGCCCGGAUGGCACGGCCGACAUGCACAUCAUCAUCAACGGCGAGGACAUGGGCCCCAGCGCCCGGGGGCUGCCAGCCACCCAGCCCCUCUACGCAGUGGUGGACGUGUUUGCCUCCACCAAGAGCGUGCGCCUGGUCCAGCUGGAGUAUGGCUUGCCGUCCCUGCAGACUCUGUGCCGCCUGGUGAUCCAGAGGAGCGUGGUGCACCGGUUGGCCAUUGAUGGACUCCACCUGCCCAAAGGACUUAAGGAUUUCUGCAAGCGUGAGUGAUGGCCUGCAGCCAACCUGGAGCAGGGCCACAGGAGUGCGUUCUGGCCCCAGGGCUGUGGCUGGUCUGAAGCUGGCCAUGCUGCUGCCAGCCAGGACCAGAAAUAAACACAGCCGAUGCUGACAUUGAUCACUGGACUGUCUCCUUGCCCCUGAAGCCUGUGAGGGGCACUUCUUUUAGAAUCACUGUGGGUGAGCAGGUCAGAGCAAGAGGGAGAGCAUUUUAGACAUCACCUAGACCAGUGGUUCCUAGCCUGGCUACUCAUUAGAGUUAUCUGGGGUGCUUAGAGUGCUGAUGCCCCAGACCCCGUCUCCAGAUAUUCUCAUUCGAUUUGUUGGAGGAUUAGGCCUAGACACUGUUUUUGUAAAAGCUCCCCUGGAGAUUCUAAACCACAGCCAGGGUUGAGAAGCAUUUCCCUAGAUCAGAGGACUCAACUUCAGCACAUAUGACCACUUGAAGAACUUGGAAAAAUACUGAUAACUCGGUCUGAUCCUGGGAUUCUAAUUUAAUUGGUCUGGAUUGAGG